GCCACAACUGCCACUCCAACCAACUUGCUCACUCCCUCAUUCCACGGGGCACCUCGGGACCCGGCACCUUGCAGCACUUGAUCAUCCGGUGUCAUCUCUUGUCCCUACUCUCGGUAUCAGUCUCCACGUCUCAUUCUUGUUUUCUGGAUGUCGCGAACACUCUCCUCGACGCACCUCUAGAGCCUGGCGCCAAUGACCACUUACACAGCUGUCCAAACCUCUCCUACCGACGCCUCCGAGGAGAGAAAUUCCUCUGUCUCAGGGAGCGACGCCGAGAAUGACGAUGCCAACGCCGAUAAUACGCCGGAGAAUGGCACCAUCACGAGCAAAAAGAGGAAGAGGCUCUUGAAAAUCUCCUGUGAGCUCUGCAAGGUUCGUAGGAACAAACCCUGAAGCUAUUUCGAUCGCAGUCUAUUUACUCCGUGGGAGCAGGCCCGGAAAGUCAAAUGCGACAGAGCAGAGCCGGCUUGUGGCUGGUGCGCCCGCAACAAUCGUGCAUGUGUUUACAAAGAGCGACAAAAGCCCGGUCUUCGGGUGGGCUACGGUCGCGAGCUCGAGGAGAAAAUCAAUCGCCUCGAAGCUCUGCUCCAAGUAAUGGGUCGCCGUCUCGAGGAACACAUCGCUGAGCAUGGAGACUUCUCCACCCAUCGACCGGGUUCCGUUCGCAUGUCUCAUCAACCCCCAUCCGCCCAGUUUAACGCGUACGGCCAGAACGACCCUCGCCCGUCCACCGCCAGUAUUAUUUCCCAGGACACUCCUGGCUCCGAUCCCAGAUGGCCUGUCGCUAAUGCCUAUGAACGAAUGCAGUACCCCCGACCCCAAGAUGCCAUGUCCAUUCGAUCCGUUGUGGAUAACGGCAGUCACGAGCUGGUGCCCCAAAGCGAGAGAGGCCAUUCCGCAGCUUGGUAUCCAACAGCUACCCCUGCGCCAUCGAUACCCGACUCGGAGCUUCCUCCUUACGACUUGCUGUAUACCUUGGUUGAUCUCUAUUUCAAGCAUGUCAACCCGUGGUCGCCCAUCUUGGACCGUAAAGCCACGUUCGAUGCUUUCUUCGGCUCCCAGUCAAUGGACGAUUCGGACAAGGUGCUCAUGCACGCGAUUGUCGCCACCACGAUGCGCUUCUCCAAAGACUCGCGGCUGACCCCAGAAUCAAGGAGGCAGUUCCACGAGAUCUCCAGACAUAAGAUUAUGAUGUAUGCUCUUGACCACCCGAACGUCCGCGCCCUCCAAGCGCUAGUGAUCCUUGCCGUCGAUGUGCUUGGAACGUCAAACGGCCAGCAGGGCUGGAAUUUGCUGGCCCUCAUCACGCGCAAUGUCGUUCAACUGGGAUUGGAUGUUGAGAAGAGCGCAUACCUCGCGUCUAGCACUUAUCCCUCAGCAACCCUUUUGCAGGCCACACAACCUCAAUCCUGGAUCGAGAAUGAAGAGCGCCGGCGUCUGUGUUGGAUGACCUUCAUUCUCGACAGAUACGCGACAGUCGCCACUGCAGACACCUUUACCCUGGAUGAAAGGGAGAUGGACCGAUGUCUCCCUUGUCGCUAUGAUCUCUUCUCACGAAACGAACCUGUCGAGACGAGGUGGCGUCGGCGAGGCGCACCCUCGGAAAUGAUUGUGAACAAACCAGAAAACCUGGGGAGUUUCUCCUACCACUGUGAAGUCCUCGGGAUCUUGAGCCGCAUCCACCGAUUCCUCCAUCAACCUCUCGACAUCACCCGCCACUCCGACAUCCAGCGCUGGCGCGAAACAUACCGAGGGUUAGAUGGUGAAUUGAACGAUUGGCUGCAGAACCUGCCGGGCGAAUACGGGAAGAUCUCUCAACUCUGCCAUUCGGACCCAGGAAGCAGGAUUUCCAACUGGAUCAUGCUUCAUGCGGCGUUUGUGACGUCCGUUAUCCGUCUACAUUCUUCCGCCGCAUAUCCCACGAUUAAGUCUCCUGUUUUCACACCUUCAUACCAUGCCAUCCAACGCUGCCUCGGCGCCGUGGAGAGCCUGAGGGAGAUUGCCCAAGAUGUUAUGAAUACCGGCAUGCUUGCCCUUCUCGGCCAUCCCUUUGCUUUUGCGCUAUGGGUUUCUGCACGGCUACUUCUCGUCCACGCAGCGACCAUGGAGUGCGAGGUGGAUCCGAAAAUCACGUUCUUCAUCUCCACGCUCGAGCAGAUGGGGCGACACUGGCAGGUUGCGGGGGACUACGCGAGAAUAUUGAACGAUGUGGUACAAGAGGGAAGCAAUGGUUCUGGGAGGACAUUCACCGCCAUGAGAAGGUGUGCUUACGAGUUAAAUCUCCUAACCUCGCAACGUCCUCGUUCUGUCCUCGACACCGUUACCACGCACAAUUCAUCGCAAAGCGAACUCGAAUUCCUAGAGGUCUUUGACUUCUUCAACUACCCUCGAUUGAAUGCCAUUGCGGGUAACAAUGCCUUUGAUCCGUCGGUGUCGGUCACGAAUCAGAAUCAAACAACGCCGACGCAGGGCCAGCCGCCGAAUUAUCGAGCCACGCCGGCUUUUGUCAUCCCGAACCCGGAGAGUGAUUGGUUGAUAUUUAAGCCGCCGUAUGAAUAGUAUUCAUCGGGUUAGCUCCUUCAUUUGCCCCAUCGUCCUAAUGUUGCUCGACCAUUGCAGUAUAUCUAAUAUGAACGCUGGGUACCUCGUGAGGGCAUCACUAAGCAGGCUGACCAAUGGCCACGACAGUAUGGUAGGCAGACCACGUGGCAGGCGGGCCUACCGUCGUAUUCAAUAUGAGCCUUACAUCUAUAUCUUCGAGCCAGUGUACAGCGACACAGCGAAUUUUAGCAAAUGUCGUCGGCGAUUUGAAGAGGGCGGUUGGACGAGAAACCUCAGGCAAACAGACUAUGACAGCUGCCAGGCUCUCUGAUACCGAAUCUACCACUCCUCCGACAUGUUCUCCCGGGGCCAAAACAAGCUGUGAUUUACGACCCAGCUCGACGGCACUGCGAACAAUAAGACGAAUUCGAACUCCAACAAGAGAAAGGCCUGGAUCUAGGUGGACAGAUUCAGGCCUGCUGUGAGACGGAUCAUCAAACAUCUGCCGUCAACACCGGAAUCGACAGGUCUCAUUUUGAGACAAUCUCAGUCGACGUCACCGGGGAUACGCAUAUUAAGACGGCCAAGCUAGAGCCUGUAGACUCUAAGCCAUGCACCAAUAUAGUUAAUUCACAUAAGACAAGAGUGAAAGCACAAAUAUAGCUAUUUAUA